ACAAUGGUCAAUAAGCACAUGAAAAUAUGCUCAACAUCACUAGUCAUCAAGGAAAUGUAAGUCAAAACUCCAAUGAGAUAUCACUUAAGACCAACUAGAAUUGCUAUAAUAAAAAAGGCAGAUAAGAGACAAAAGGGGCCGCAGCAGCUGGAGCAGGACUGGCCAGCGCUGGAGGAAGCGAAGCAUCGCGGGCAGCAAGCGAGAUGCAGCACCUAGGAUUCCUCUUCCUCGCCUUCCACACCCUGCUGGCGCUCACCUCCGCUGUGGCCAAAAAGAAUGACAAAGAAGAAUGCUCAGAGUGGACGUGGGGGUCCUGCACUCCUAGCAGCAAGGACUGCGGGGCGGGUUUCCACGAAGGUACCUGUGGGGCCCAGUCUCAGUGCAUCCGGUGCAGGGUGCCAUGCAACUGGAAGAAGGAGUUUGGAGCCGACUGCAAGUACAAGUUUGAGAGCUGGGGGUCAUGUGUUGGGAACUCGGGCACCAAAGCCCGCCAAGGUACCCUGAAGAAGGUGCGGUACAAUGCCCAGUGCCAGGAGGCCAUCCAUGUAACCAAGCCCUGUGCCCUCAGGACCAAAGCAGCCAAGACCAAAGCCAAGAAAGGGAAGGGAAAGGACUAGAGGCCAGGCCUGAAUGCCAAAGAGCCCCUGGCCCACGUCUUCCCUCCCACAGCCCCAGGUAUAACCCACCAGUGUCUUUUGUUACUCUUCAGCUUUAUCAAUCAUGCCCUGCCCUUUCCCUUUCCUCCCCCGCCCCAACCCCCUAAGUGCCCAAAGUGGGGAGGGACAAGGGAUUCUGGCAGCUUGAGCCUCCCCCAAAGGAAUUUGAUUCCCAUGCCCCUGUUGUUCUUACCCACAAUGACGCCAUUGCUAAAAAGCAAAUAAAACUCAUUUUCUACC